UGAAUGAACACAACGGAUGCCACUAGUAUCGAAAGCUGCCCAGUUGCAAUCAGUUAGUCACCUGCGAAGGUACGAAUGAUGAGUUCCUCCUGGACACGACCGCCCUCCGUCGAUUAUCCACGUGUUUGGCUUACUUUCGAGGCGCGUGACUUGGAAGAAACGGGGAACGACGGUCAUCGAACGGUGAAGUAUCGCGUUCAGGAUUUGCCGGAGGAUCGCGUCGACGAUGCGAUCGCUCACAUGCAAACACACUUCCUUCGCGGCGAACCGAUGUGCAGCAUUGUGGGCUUGUUCAAAGAUCCGGUGGCACUUGCCGAAUUUGCUGAACUUUGGCGGAGCAUCGCCGCUCAACGGUGUGCGGUCGUUUGCUUCCGAGAGGGAUCCGAUGAAAUCGUCGGACUCAACAUGUUGACUGUGGUUUCAAAAAACGACCCAAAGGAACAGAUGUUUAAAAGUGAUGGUUUGAAAUUGAUGUACGACUGCUACGUGGGACUACUGAAGCAGUCCGACAUCUUCGGACGGUACGGAGUAGAUCACUACCUGUCGGCUUGGGGACUGUCGGUUCAUCCGAAAUAUCGCGGACGGGGUGUGGCAACGGAACUGCUCCGGGCUCGGAUACCACUUUGCCGUGCGAUGGGACUGCGACUGACGGUGACGCUGUUUUAGCAACCCGGCUCCCAGAUUCCGGCCGCCAAGGUUGGAUUCUACGACGAGCUGGUGGUGACCUACCGACAGCUGGCCGAACAGGGUUUCCCGGGGUCCCGUACGAGUUCAACAAGCUAAUGACCAUGAAGGUGGAUUAGAACUGUGUAUUUCGAUCGAAUCGGAUCGAGUGACUGCUUUUGUAUGGAAAAUUUAGAAUUCGAUCGAGAUACAGAAUGGAAAA